AUGCUGCAUGACGCAAGGCAUAUUCUGGAAGUCGUGGAAAUAAAUUACCCUGCCGGUUUUGCGCAGGCAUGGCUGAAGCAAGUGGCAGUACUCGAAGGAUAUGUUGAAGAAAGAACAUUACUGUCGUAUGCGGCAAGACGAGGAUCUGAAGCAGUCAUACAGCUGCUUCAUGAGACAAAUAAAUGUGCGAGCAAUUUCAAAACCGAAAGCGGAUUGGCAUCCCUGACGUUAGCUGCCGAGAACGGCCAUGAGGCAGUGGUUAAAUUGCUGCUUGAGAGGGGCACCGAUAUAGGAGAACACGGGUUCAACUGGACACUACUGGAGCACGCUGCCAAGAACGGACAUGAAGGUGUGGUCAAACUGCUGCUUCAGAAGGGAAUUAACCUGGACUCACGGUUCUAUGCUAAUGGCAAUCUUUAUACAUUAUUGUCAUACGCUGCCCGGAUCGGAAAUGUGGCGGCAGUUCAGCUACUCCUUGAAAGAGGCGCUGAUCCUAACUCCAAAUCCUGUAGCAGUGACAGGACACCCCUGUUGGUUGCUGUCUGGGUGCGACAUGAGUCAGUAGUCAAGCUGCUACUUAAAAACGGAGCUUAUAUCCAGUCUAAAUCAUAUGAUGGUCAGACGUCGCUGUCAUUAGCAGCCGAGAGGGGAGAUACAGCAAUGGUCAAGGCACUGCUUAAGAACUGA